AUACGUAUAAGAGAGGCUAUAACAGAAGUAUAAAAUGGGAGACGAAGAUUGAUGGCUUCGAAUAUGCUUCCUUCUGGGUUCUUGUUUUAAGUUUCGGAUUCGAACAAAGCCCACUUUCUCUGGCAAGCCCCUGUCGAUGCCGAAGAUUCGUUUCGUCUGUAUCUACCUACACCGACUGCAAGCCAUCGUUGCCGUGGUUCCUCCUGCGUGCAGUUAUGGAUGCGGGAUGGGGUUUGAAGGAGUUACACGGCCACCGACUGCGAGACUCCACCUGGCGCAUGCAUUGGGCGCGCAAAAGAGACGUACCCCAAAGGACCCAAGGCAGAGGGCGAACGAACCGGGGGGGACAAUUAAUAGUAUCUGGACAGGGUUUGCCAGAGAAAAAAAGGAGGAAACGGGGCCGCUGUGCAGGGAAAGGGGGCCAGGUAUAUGAUGGUAGUCGAGAGACUGGCGAGGAUUAAUACACACAGGUAGGUGAAG